AUGGGCGACACGUUCGCCGACGACGAAAACAUCGCAACCCUGCUGUCUAUGGGCUUCAGCGAUGUGACGGCUAUCAAGAACGCCCUCAAGAAAGCCAAUAAUGACGUUAGCGAGGCGGUGUCGAUCCUCACAUCCGAUCCUCCGCGAUGUUUUCCCGAGAUCAACUACGAUUUCAGCUCGACGUCUCAGCAGGUAGGUGUUUCCACUUCUAUCACCGCAUCACCGAUGGAACCCAUCGAUCCGCUAGAGUUCCCGGCGUCGUUCCUACAAGAUCUCCAAAAUAGAGUAUUCGUACAGGACUGGUCGAUACCGUACAAGGAAGAUGAGGCGCUUGCGCGAUGCAUGCAGGCAACGAUCCGGCUGGUCGAAGCGGGGACGGCUGAAACAGAUGAAGGCUGCAAACAGUUCGUGGACCAUGUCAUGCCAGAGUGUUUUCGAAAACUCUGCGCAUCUUUCCCAGUGUCCUCCUGGGCUCAAGAUGUGCAAGAGGGUGUCAAACACAUGGCUUUGAUCUUCAUCGACGUCUGUUGCGCUUACCUCCGAUCGGGUCAAGCACCGGAAAGUGUCCUAUCAAUACUUUCAAUUGUAUUUGAUCCGGAUUGUGAGUUUCAUGUUCGCAAUCGAAACGUCAGGUAUGAGGAACCGUCUGAUGUUACGGACUCGUUUGAGUUUGGUUGGCUCCAGGAACUGCUGAACAAAUUUUCUGCCCAAUGGGGAUUUGACUCGAUGCAGUCACUUUUCCUACAGGAAGAUGUGGCAGGUCCUGUGAUGGCCUCGAUGCUUCAGCCCUUAUCCAAACCCGCCCAACUGUAUAAAUUAGAGCCCAUGAAACAAGUGUUUGAUCCUUGUAUUCAAAAAGCGCUCAAAUUCGUCAACGGCCUGACGGACGCGGAUCUGAAAGUGAAAAACAUAUCAUAUCUACCAGACUUGGUGAACGCCUUACGUCAAAUUUGUGCAUUCCUAUGGUCCGAUCAGCUGCAAGACUUCACGCAAGUCGCGAUGCAAGUCAUCCUGAGACUUUUGCGGAGCCCGCACUUCGCGGCGAGAACUUGCGGUUUCAAAGAGAUCAUCCAGUUGAUCGAGGAGAGUGCUUCCACGAAACAGACACGGGUCAGCAUUCCGAGGGAUUUCCUCGUGACAUGGCUGACCGAGAACUCGGUGCUGCACUUGGUGCUUGAAAAUAACAUCGAGCAGUCGCACUACAAUGAUAAAUUAAAGGCCGUCAUCGAGUGCGUCGCGUCAACUUUGACCGAGGAGGACGUUGAGCGUAUUUGGGCGAUGCAGGAUCGGCAGAACUGCACCACGGCGGACAAUGUGCAUUACUGCGUCGCUGCGGCGGCGUGCCACUUCAAUGAGAAUCUGCUUCGGAAGCUGCUCUCCUUGGUCGAAACGUCCUGGAAUGAGAAUUGCUCCGAAGAGGCAAAGAAGAGGCUGAUGACAUUUCUCGGAAAAAUGGGCAAAGAUCUGAUCGCAGAGAAUUGCCGCGUCGAGAACUCUCUUUUGACGCUGGACCUGAUCUGGAAAUUGGUGAAAACUCCACAACUCAGCCGUCAUCUUGUCGAACACUCAUUGGAGCAGUUGCUGAACAUCUUAGCAGCGCUAAACAGUAAUCACAAAGGCAAAGCGAAGAAGAAAUUCGCCGAUGCAUGUAUCAGCGAUAUCAGCUCAGGUUCCCUCGUCCUCCCGUCGUUACGAUUCCUCAAAUGGAUCCUCUGUGGAACAUCAACGACUCGUAACGCGCCGAAUUCCAAGCAAGAUAAGAACUUCCUCGAUGAAUUUAAGGCGACGGCCAAAUUAGUUUCGCUCGCGACGAAAAGCCUGUCGGAGUGCCACACGCGCUCCGUCGAGCAGUUCAACGCGAGCCGUAGAGCCGACCGGCAGGCGAGUCUUUUCCAAAGACAUUCCCCGCCGACGCCUCUGAAAAUGCUGAAAGACAACAACUGUCUGCUGGAAACGUCGCUACAUCUAGACAAUCUCUACACGCACCAAGAAUAUGUUUCGGAGCACUUGGAGUUUCUCGAAUUCGCUCUGAACCAAUGCAACGAAUACCUGACGCUUCAGGAAGCGAUCCAAAUCUGGAAGACGCUCUCGAGAGAGAAUCCGAACUCGUGCAUCGCCGAUCAGGAAAUGUGCUUCGAGUUCUUUGAGAAAUGCAUGAUGGAUCUUGAUGAGGAGACUCGCUUGAAACUCUUCGAGCAAAAACUGAUGCAGAUCGAACCUUGCACAAUGAGCCACAAAGCCUUCAUGUGUUUCAAGGCGUUCUUCGAAGCUGUGAACAGAGACGCGAAGAAUCUCCGAAAGAACCGCGAGCAAUUCACGGUGGAGAAAGCUUCACUGAUCGGCGCCGACUACCUUUGGCAGCUGGUUCUGAAUAACGAAACCGAUGACAUCGCCGAGCUGAGCAUCGAUUUCAUCCUGGACAUAUGCUACCGGCAACUGUCGCCCACCCUGAAGAAAGACCCAAUCAAACUCCACACUCAAUUCGCCCAGCAAUGCUACGUGAGGCUCCGGCAGGUGGCCGACAGCUGCAACGAUCCGCAGCUGGUGACUGCGAUCAUGAGCGCGACGAUAGGCGAAACCGAGAACAACUGCACGCCGGAAAAAUUUCCGCUCCCGUCUUCAACUCAGGCGAUAUGUCGUUUAUUACACCUUGUCGAACGCUACAUCAGCUCGAUAGAGUCCAGCCACGGCAGUGUCCGCGUGCGAGCUCCUCACGGUGUCUCUUGUUUCGGUUAUCCGAUCAUACUGAAAUGCACCACCGACGGAAUCAACUUCCAGCUGUUGCGAUGCCACUCGAACGCAACGAUCCAGGCGACCAAGAAGAAAGUCAACCAACUCCUGGGCACCACGGCUCAGACAACAUUGUGUUAUUUGAACGGUGACAUCAUCCUCUCGGCAACAGAGGACAUGAAACGGCUAUGCGAGAUUCCCCAGCUCAUGGAAGCCGAGGAAUGUUUCCUCCAGGUCAAAGUUCAAGGAGGUUCCAAUCGGGACAAGGAGGUCUCGGCGGGAAGCUCAUCUCCGGUCGGAUAUUCCUCCCAUCUGAAACCUUCGGCGGCGUUUUCGCCUUCGAACUACUCAAAACAAGAGAAGGAAUUGCCCAGCGUCGUGAUAUCGAACAACGUAGCCGUUUUCAAUAUGCUCUAUCAGCUCGUAGCUGCUUUGGAAAACCCCAAGAUAAUCACUCAGGUUCAGACGCUGCUAGAUCUGAUGCCCUCGGACCCCCAAGUCAUUGCGGCUUUGGACUCGAUUCGCAGCGGGACAAAGGUCGAUCCCAUCGUUCCGGCUUCAACCCAACGAAAGCUGGCGUUCGAUGGACCACCAAGACCGACCGUGAGUCCUCUGCAGAGACAGAUCUCCCAGCCGAUCAAUCCGAAAGACGUCCUGCAGAAGCUCUUCGGCUUCACAGGACAGCCUUUCAAGCUGCUCUACAACCUUCAGGUUCUCAGUGCGAAGCUUAUGCCGGUGAACCAGGACAACUUCUCACAAGCGUUCUGCGAGGCGUUCGUGCGAGCCGGAGGCGUCGCAAUGAUCCUGAACGUCCUACACCAGAACACGUUCCCGUCCGACAUCGACUACAACAUUCAACGCGGCUGUUACUUCUCGGCUCUUCAAGUUUUGCGUUUCCUCUCCUGUGGGAAAAGCGUGCUCGACUCUGCAAUUCAACCGGUGGUCGUUGCCCCUCAGCCUAACGACCCCUGUCGAACCCCGUCCGCCUCCCCGGCAAAGUGGAACCAGUCAGCCGCUGCUGCAACGGCGGGGGCGAAAAAAGGGAACGUAGACUUCGUAUUACCUCCCGCGAAAACGGGACUCACGCCUCGAAAGGUCGACCUGCAGCUGCUUAUUCUGCAGAUGCGAGUCGGGGAGCUCCACAAACUCUUGGACGCAAUCAUUCGGGUGGCGUGGGCGUCUGCCGUGGGCUGCUUAUCGGCCGUGAACAAUAAUCUCCCUCAGAAAGGCGGUCACUUCUGCGACUCCAGACGUCAGUUCCACGGUCGGAUGGACAGCGGGGGCUCGGCCGGAAGCAACGGGAGCAACGACAUCGACAUGCAGAGUCUGUCGUCAAAGCUCGUCGACAACAGCUCUCAGCGACUCGACUCGCUAUUGGCCAUCGAAGCGCUGGAGUUUCUGGUCGAGUGUCUCGAGCAACGCAUGUUGCACGGCCUCUCGUUCUUCAAAGAGCUCCAGUGCGUCGAAGCCUUCAUAAUCGAUCUGCUGGUGGGCGCAUCGAGCACCAGCGUGCGGAAAACGGCCUCACAGGGUUUCUACCAUCUGAGUCAGCUGCAGCACGACUCCCGGUGUUUUUUCCUGCAGGUGCUGCUCAAGUCCCGACUACCGCUCUGGGUGUCUUCUAGUCGAGCCAGAGGCCAUACAAGACAGGUUCUGGCGCAAUGCCUCGAGUAUUUCGACCUGGCCUGUAGAAUCCUCUACGACACGAAGGUCAAUCACGAGCAGUACGGGGUCGAUACGGGAAGCAUGUUGGACGAGGAAAUUAAUUGGAUGCAGGGUUUCACCACAACUAAGUCGCUGGAAGAAACCGAUGGAAAAUUGAUGGCCGGCCACUUCAGUCUCAUAAAAGCGCUGCUACUGUGCAACGAAGAAAAGAAGAGCGCUCUGGGGAAGACUCUCAUCAACAAUCUCCUGGAACACUAUCUCUUCCCCGCAUCGUCCUUCAUCGGUGUGAAGAACAAAGUUCCGUUCGAGAGCUUCAUUCCAAAAUGCACGACCAUCGAGAGCCGUCGGGCCGCCUAUAAUAUCCUCGUGGAAUUAGCGAGGAGUAGUCUUCCGAACAUGGUGAGCAUAACUCACUGGCUGGUGAAACGGCACCACAGGCUGAACAGCGAGCUCGCCAAAGAAUUCGAAUUCGAGCCUUUGAUCAGCGGUCGGAGCGGAUCGGGCCUCGUCGGACUGAAGAACGCCGGGGCCACCUGUUACAUGAACGCGGUCCUCCAACAGAUCUUUAUGCAACCUCAACUGAAAGAAGCGAUCCUCGGCGUCGAAUGCGAGAAAGUCGAGUCAGACACAAUACUUUAUCAGCUGCAGAACGUUUUCGCACAUUUGACCGACUCCCAGCUGGAAUACUACAUUCCGGAACAGUUCUGGAAGUCGUUCAGACUCUGGGGCAUUCCGGUGAAUGUGAGAGAACAACACGACGCGUUCGAGUUCUUCACGCACCUUGUCGACCAGGUCGACGAAUAUCUCGAGAAGAAGGUGGCCACCGACGCGCUUUUCAAACCCUUCUACGAGGGUAUAUUCUCCGAUCAGAUGAUCUGUCAAGGGUGUCCGCACAGAUACGAUCGGGACGAGUCUUUCAUGGCUCUGAACCUCCCGGUCAAGAGCCAGAGCCUGGUCGAGAGCCUCGAGCAGUUUGUCCGCGGCGAACUGCUGAGCGGAGACAACGCGUAUUUCUGUGAGCAGUGCGGACAGAAGAGGGACGCUGUGAAAAGGUUGUGCAUUAAGAAACUGCCCCCCGUAUUGACCAUUCAACUCAAACGCUUCGGAUUUGAUUUCGAGGCGAAUCGGGCCGUGAAGUUCGACUACUAUUUCAAGUUCCCGUGGGUACUGGACAUGGCUCCGUACACAAUGCAGCAUCUCGAGAAGAAAGACAGCGGCGGGUCAGAUCUGUUCGAGAGCAACGAGUGCUAUCAACUGGUUGGGGCCGUCGUGCACAGCGGGCAAGCCAAUGCCGGUCAUUAUUAUUCGUUCAUCAAAGAUAGGCGAGAAAAGCAUCUACCCAACACGUGGUUCAAGUUCAACGACACGACCGUCGAGAAAAUUGAGCUCACCGACUCGACUCUGGAGACCGAGUGCUUUGGAGGCAACUACAAAGCCAAGGUCUCCGACACCUCCUCGUUCUAUCCCGAAGACCGCGUCCGGCACUGGAAUGCCUACAUGCUAUUUUACGAACGGAAGAACUUUUCGGCGAACCCCCAAUCGGCGAAGACUCCCAAGGCUCAUAAGGGACGCUUCUCGUUCUACGUCGAGAAGCCAAUGCAGGUGCACAGCGGCAGCAAGAGCGCGUGCUUGGCACCCCUCAAGGCUGACAGUCUCAGUCAGCUGACCCACCUGGUUGACCACGGCGAGAGACAGGGCUUGUUCCCGUCGAAGGUUCCUCCACAGAUCCAACAACAAGUUCACGAGGAGAAUCUGGAGUUCAUGCACAAUAAGGAACUCUACAAUUUGGACUACAUGAAUUUUAUGCUGCAACUGUGCUCUGUUAAUGUGGAAGGUCCGCCCGUGGCCAGCAAGGACUUCGAUCAGCUCAUGGUGGAGAGCAUAAAAUUGGGAACUCACUUUUUAUUGAACACCUACCUCAAGUACAAGCACAAGGACAGUGGAGUCAUCGAAAACUGGAUCGCCCUGAUAGAUAAGUUGCUCAUCGUGAGUGCCUCAGCAGCCUUGUGGCUCUUGCGCUUUUUCUCAACCCAGGGCUCCAGUCUGAUCAAGCUUUACCUUCUCGACUGUCCUCUGCGGAACAUUCGGUCGUUUUUCAGUCGGAUCAUAGACAAGUGUCUCCAUUCGAACAAAUCAGCAGAAGUGGAUCUUGUGCUGGAGAAGCUCCUGCAAUUAUUAGACAAAGAAGUAGAAGAAAACUGCCGACAAAGCAACGAGUACUUCACAGUGCUGUCUUCGUAUGCGCAGGUCGGCUCGAAAACCUGUGAGCAAUUGUUCCGACUUGGUGCAUACCGACGGCUGGUCGUAUUCCUCCUGGGCGAGAGAGCGUGCGAUCUGAGCAGUGACGAACUUGUACCGCGUCGAUGGAGUCAGAGCCAAGCUCAGGAGCUGAUCUUCGUCCAUCGGACGUUGGCGAGUCUCAUCCAGGUGUGCGAUCUCUCGCCCCUGUACACCGUUCAGCCCGAGUGUGAUAAUAUCAUACCGAUUUCCGUUGAGCAACCGCUCCCGCUGCCCGACCUUGUCAGGGAAUCGUUGACUUCUCCAGGAACGUAUCGACUCAUUCACGAGCUCAUCUGCGCGUGCGCCGAAACCUCAUUGGCAAAUGCGAGAGCAAUAUUUAGUCUUUUGGCUCAGCUGAGUUACUGUAACGAAAACCUGUCGCGACUUAUCAUCAAACAAGCGAUGAGUCACUUCGCAACGGUGUCUUCCAACGAACUGAGGAAUCUCUCUCAACUCUUGAUGAAGCUCAUGCAGAUCCAAGACAACCUGUGCUGCGAACGAGUGGAGCUCAUCAUAAACGGCGCACCCCCAGAUCAAGACGGUAUCCUAUCGAUCGUGGCCGCGAAUCAGGACAACGAUAGUCGUCGCGCGUAUCAGGGGAUCAAGUUCCUCGUGACUCUGGCCACGAAAACCGACACUGCCAAAGAGUACCUUGUCAAGAGCGUCCAGAGUUGGCAAUGGGCUGUCGAGUGGCUGCAAAAUCAAAUGGAGCGGCUCGUCACCAGUUCAGACGGCCAGGGAAAAGACGACGGUGCGGUGGAGAUGAGCAAUGAAGACUCGAACACGAAAACCUUCCAACGAACGGUCUCAGCUCAGGAUACUCUGGCCGAGGCGACAGCGCUCCUCUCCGAGCUUAGUUCGCCCGAAACCGGCGAAGUGCCGAUGGAGACAGACAGUUAA